AUGUCGAAGAUUCAAGCUCGCCAGCCUUUCAAGGCCCUCUACGCGCUUUGCGCCUUGACCUUCGAGCUCAUCCGAUUCCCCGUCUGGAUAUUGACGUACCUGAUUCCACCUCUGCGACCGAAUCCGAAAUGGACCUUCCGACAAGCCCUCAUGACCCGGAUCGUCAGGUCCUUCCUUUACCAUUCAGCGAAUGUCGAGGUACGCACCCCCUUGUCGCUUCGACCCGGUGGGGAGAAGAAGCAGUUCGUGGUCCUGUCGCCAGCCAACGCGUCGUUUUACGAGGGUCCGGUGAAGGACGAGCAUAUAAAGCCUGAGAAGAUCGGAGGAACAUGGUAUCCGGAACCCUUUCCAGCGAAUGGGACUGCCAAUGUGGACGUCGUUCUCAAUUUUCACGGCGGAGGAUAUGUAAUUGGUGAUGGCCGAACUAAAGAUGCUGGGUUCACUGCCGCAACUUUAUUGAAGACCACGCCUGCCAAAUACGUCUUCUGCCCGCAAUAUCGUCUUGCGUCGAACCCUGAUAGUCGAUUCCCAGCAGCCGUUCAGGAUGCUAUCACCUCAUAUGUCUACCUGACAAAGACCCUUGGUAUCCCGUCAUCCAGAAUCAUAUUCUCCGGUGAUUCUGCUGGAGGCAACCUCGUCCUCGCUCUCCUUCGAUUCCUUGCUGAAUUUGGCGAGCAGGUUGGAUUAAGCCACCCGGCAUGCGCAUUCCUCUGGUCUCCUUGGGUCGACUUGGAGGCCGCUAUUGAUCCAGCGAAUAUUAGAAACUCACCCCACGAGUCAACCGACUACUUGUGCGGUGCCUUCGGUGCCUGGGGCGGACGUAGCUACAUUAGCGACCACAACACGAAGCUGGAUCCGAGGAAUCCAUAUAUCAGCCCUCUUCACCACCCGUUCCGCACGCCUGUGCCUCUGUUCGUCCAGAGCGGGGGUGCUGAAGUCCUCUUCCACGAUCACGUCGAGCUGGUGGAAAGGUUCGGAGACGGCGGGAAGAAGGAUAUCGGGGUCGGGAAUACGGUAAAGCUUUUCGUGACGGAGCAUGCUCCUCACGAUAUUGCACUCGUUGGGCAUUUGCUUGGAUUCAAAAAGGAGUUUGUAGAGGCGGUUCGUGGUGCCGCAAAGUUCUUGGAGAAAUAUCGAUAUCGCCCCGAGCUAUAGGCUUAUGUAGUACUAUUUAGAUGCCGCUAAUGCUACGCCUUCCCUGGUGGAAUAGGUAUGUG